UGAGAGCUGCGCAGCCGCCCUGCGCAUCCGUCGGCUGAGGUGGACAGCGCAGCCAUUUCUCUGCCCCUCAUGAAAAACAUGCAGAGGGGGGAGGCGGGAGUGCGCAACUGACCCGGCGUGCGGGAGGGAGUCAUGACUUCGGCGGCCGCGUACCGAGCCUGAACUCCGCAUCACCGACUGAGAUCCUCGAAGCUCCAAACUUUCUCCCAAUUCAACGCCUGCGCAUACAAAACAGGCUCCCCCCCUUCCCCUCUUCACUCUCUCUCCCUAUCUCACCCUCUCCUCCAUUUGGCUUAUGCGCCUGUUUCUGUGCCAGCCAUGGAGGGGAAUCUGCACGGAGGCAGCGGCGACGUCGCUACAAUGCACGUGAAGACCGAGGCGGUCGACGAGAGCACAUCUGCGCUGCUGUUGGGCAGCCACGAGUCGCCUGCGCCCUGCGGAGAUACCGCAUGCAGGGGGGGAGGAGGAGGAGGAGGGGGGGAUCAGACUGCAGAGGAGCUGGCUGACGCUGAGCUGCAGGCAGCCACCACGACUACUCCCGUGCUGCUGUAUCCUGUGAGCACAGACCGCUUCUUCACCACGUCGGGCGAUGGAAAAACUUACCUGAAGAUAGCUCCAGCUUCAGCGAUGCCACCUGCUCCUUCAGAGAAGAUGCUUCCCUCGGGCUCCGAUUUCUCCUCCAAAGCUGUUUUGUGUCUGAUUGAGGCCGUCGGACGCCGCUGGGGCCUGUACGAGACUCGGGAGCGCUCACAGCUCUUCCAGAGCGUCCAGGAGGAGAUGGCUUCCAAGGGACACGUGCUUCCUGUUGAAAAGAUCCGCCGCAAGUGGAACAACCUCAUUGUCACGUACAAGAGGGUGAAGGACCGCAGCCGGGAGACGGGACACGCUAAAACGUCCUGGGAGUUCUUUGAUUUGAUGGAUGCCACCCUCUGUGACACUGUUGGCACUCAGAUCAUCAACAACAAAAGAAACAAAGGUGGAAACAGCGUGUCCACGCUGUCUGGUUCCUUGGCAAAGAUCGCUGCAAAACCACAGGUUCUGCAGCCCCCCACCAUCAUCCGCCCCAAUGGGGACUUUGUUUCGACUGGCGGCGUGGAGUCAGUGGGCCAGGGAGCCAUCAGCAGUCAAAUCAUCAGUAGCACUGCUGCCAUUACCUCAAUGACUACAGCGACUGUUAGCCCGACAAAUGCUCCAGAGCUCAAGCCCCUGAUUGUCCUCAACAGUGACAUUGUUACAACCAGUAUUCAUCCAGCCACCAUUGUGCCAUCCCCCUCUUUUAUCUCCUCCCCUUGUUUCACAGACACAGCUUCUACUUCCCCCUCCCUCGGCUCGACGAGUAACACAGACCUCAACACAUCGCGCUACGUAGGACGGAAAGCUCCGCCGUUCUCAUCCGGCGUCAUACCCUUUCGACUUAGCAAUGCGCCUCUUUGCAACAGUCAGAAUCUCCUUGGCCUCUCCUCCUCCUUCCCCCCUUCUUCCUCCUGUCUCACUUCUCCCGUUUCCAACUCGUUAUCGGCGACAACCAUGUCAGGAGCCGAGGGACAGAGCCGGAAGGGAAGCGAGGAGCGAACCAGCACCCCUUUGUUCCAGGAGAUUCUGAAGCGGCAGGAGGAGCAGGCCUACCUGGAUCGGGUUGCUCGCCGCAGGGUGGAAGCCAGAGAGAAGAGGCGUGAGAGGAGGGAGGUACGGAUGGUGGAGUCCCUCGGCAGGAUAGCCACAGCCCUGGAGCUGCUGUCCUCCAAACAGGACACAGUCAUAGCCCUCCUGCAGAGACUGGCUGAUAGGAAGUGAUGGAGGGUGAAGGGCUGGAGAGCAGAGAGGCUCUAUAA